CCGACCGCGGAUGAUCGUAUUCACAGAGAGCCGUUCGGAGAUGCACCUGCGGAUGUAGGAGGCGUGGGGCGUAGGGCGUAGGGCAGGAAUAAGCGAGCUUCCCGAUUGGCUAGUCAGCUACGCGUCAACUUCGCGUAAUCACCUGGACUCCAACGCCCGCCGGCAUGGGUUGACAUGGCCACCAUCAAGCCCAUCGAGGGUCGCUCGGUCCACCAGAUCCAGUCCGGCCAGGUCAUUGUCGACCUCCAGUCCGUAUGCAAGGAGCUUGUAGAGAAUAGCAUCGAUGCCGGCGCUACAUCCAUCGAGGUUCGCUUCAAGAACAAUGGACUCGACGCUAUUGAAGUCCAGGACAACGGUGCUGGCAUCUCGCCAGAAGACUACGACACGAUAGCCCUCAAGCACUACACCUCGAAGCUCUCUACCUACGAUGACCUCUCCUCCCUCCAGACAUUUGGCUUCCGCGGCGAAGCACUCUCCUCGCUCUGCGCGCUCUCCAAGUUUCAUAUCGUCACGGCACGAGCUUCCGAUGGGCCAAAAGGCACAAAGCUCGAGUUUGAGCAGUCGGGACAGCUCAGGGGAACGUCUGUUGUGGCGGCGAAGCAAGGCACAACUGUGGUGGUGGAGUCGUUGUUCUACAACCUCCCCGUGAGACGGAAAGAGCUCGAGAAGACCAUCAAGAGGGAGUACAACAAGGUUCUGGCACUUUUGAAUGCGUAUGCAUGCGUCAGUACUGGCGUCAAGUUUUCCGUGAGCAACCAGCUACCGAAGGGGAAGAAAACGAUAGCCUUCUCCACCAACUCGAAUCCGAACACGAAAGAGAACAUUGCAAACGUAUUCGGUGCGAAGACGCUCGUAGCACUGAUUCCGCUCAACCUCACUUUCGAGAUGGACCCUUCGAAUCGCCCUGGAGCCACCCAGAGCGCUCGGAAUUGGAGCACGCAAGAAGAUGCCGGCUCGCGCACAGUAGCAAUUGUUGGUCACAUUUCCCGUCCUGUUGUCGGCGAAGGGCGCCAGACGCCGGAUAAGCAGAUGUUUUUUGUUAAUUCCCGCCCAUGCACACUCCCGCAAGUCGCAAAAGCUUUUAACGAGGUCUACAAAUCGUACAACAUUACGCAGUCGCCUUUCAUCUUCGCCGACAUUAAACUCGACACGAAUGCCUACGACGUCAAUGUCAGCCCGGAUAAAAGGACAAUCCUUCUACAUGAUCAAACAACGCUAUUGGAGAGCCUGAAGGAAGCUCUUAUAGAGCUUUUUGAGGGACACGACCAAAGUGUGCCCCAUGCACAGCUUCAGGGAAAGAGAACACCAUCUCUUCCUUUCAAACCUCCAGUGUUCCAACAUCGAGAAAGCGCUAGUUCGGCGGUGGAAGACCGGACGGAGCCCGAUGAUAUGUUCGAAACGCGCAAGACAUCUUCUACAUCGGUGCAGGAUGUGAACUCUUCAAUGCCUUCUGGAGAGCUACCGCGACCUGGCUUCAUCAAGGCCAGUUUGAUCGAAAGAUUCGCUGGUAGAGACACUCGGGAGAGGGCUAUCACGCCUCCUAGACGAAGGAGAAGCAUUUCGCCUGAGAGCGACAAAGUCACUGAAGAAAGAGUAUUCCACCCAAAUCCCAGGCGGAGGAGCGACUCACCAGAAGAGGCUCCCAUGCCUCGACUGUCCACCCGACGAUCGGCUUCACCAUUAUUUGAGCCAGAACGGGAGCCAUCUCCUACUCGAGAGGGGGCGGAAGAAACUCCUCAGGCAGUACACGAUUUCAAUGCUCGUAUCGCUUCUCAACAUGCGAAACAAAUGGAGAGGGAGCGCUCGUCAAGGUCCCCCAGGUCUGGGGAAGGAGAACAAGAAGAGGAAAACAUCCCAGCUAUCAAACAGACUCCACAGAAGCGUCUUUCACAAAGCACCAUCCAAAAUGCGUUCGACCGCAUGCGACCUAUGCGGACACCAGCGCAGCAGGCCACCAUCACGAUAGGCGACACAACGACUGUCUCUACUGUUGGCAGUGCGAGCCAGUCCCGAGCGUCGAAGCGUGCCCGAAUACACACGCCGAAGUUGGGUCUAAACGGCACGCCUUUGAGCCAGACGCCGAAGCGGCCACUCUUCAUGAAGAGUCUGCGCGGGUUUGCUGCUCCCGGCACUCAGUUAGAAGGAAGUGAUGAUGAGGAAGAGGAGGACAGCGAGGAUGCCCCAGAUAGCAGUAUGCCAGAUGCGCCCGCCCGCCCACCUUCUCCCCAUAAGCAACUUCCUACGACUACAUUCGAAGAACCAACGACCGACGAUCUCGAGGAGUCGUCAAGCGCUCCUGUGCUGCCUCCCAUCGAGGAAGACGUGGUAGAGAUAGAGGAGCCGGAUCCAAUCGCUCCCGCAGAUGAUGGCUCGGACGAUGAGUACAUCGACGAGUCGGAGAAAAAAGCUCGCGAAGAAGCAAAGAUUGCGAUGAUGAUCGCCGAAGCCGAAGAAGCCGCUGCAAGACCCACAGAGAUGAAUCUCAAGCGGGCGAAUAAGCUUUUCAAUGUCUCGCAAAAGAAAUAUUCGACCCUUAAUCUUGAGCGGGUCAUUGACACAGAUGCUGCUGCCAUUCAGCAACAUCUUGAACGACUCACCGCUACUCUUCAGGAUGCUGAACAAAAAGAGCUACAAGAUGUUGCACUGACGAGCACCCAGCUAAACAAAGAAGAUCCCGAGGAACGCCUGUCACUGUCCGUGACAAAGUCCGACUUCAACAACAUGCGCAUCAUUGGGCAAUUCAAUCUAGGCUUUAUUCUUGCUGUUCGCCCUCCAACAUCUACGUCGCCGACUUGUGACCUCUUCAUCAUCGACCAACAUGCCUCUGAUGAGAAAUAUAACUUCGAGCGCUUCUCGGCAACAACUGUGCUAGUCUCGCAGCGUCUCGUACACCCACACCCCCUCGAACUCACGGCUGUCGAAGAAGAAAUCAUCCUCGCAAACGAGAACUCAUUGACGGCCAACGGCUUCGUCGUGGAGAUGGAUACAUCGGGAGACACGGACGUGAGAAGAAGAGCGAAACUCACAUCUCUGCCAAUGAGCAAAGAAGUCACAUUUACGCCGCAUGACCUCGAAGAGCUUCUUGCCCUGGUUUUGGACAACCCGCCUUCAUCCUCGACAUCGAUCUCGCCCCAUAUUCCACGUCCGAGCAAAGUCCGGAAGCUACUCGCAAGUCGGGCAUGCAGAAGUUCUGUCAUGAUCGGCAAGACCCUAAAGAAUACUCAGAUGGAGACGAUAGUAAAGCAUAUGGGCUCUAUGGACAAGCCAUGGUCUUGUCCGCACGGUAGACCAACGAUGCGACAUUUGUUCGGGCUUGAACAAUGGGAAGGUUGGAAGGAGGGUGAUGGAGUCACUGGGCUGGAAGAGGUUGGAUUGAGCACGGAUUGGGGUGUGUAUCUGAAGAGCCAGAAAAGGAGGGCUCGCAUGUAAGGUCUGGGUCGCAUGACAAAAGAGGCGGGUACGGCGUAGUUGGAAGGUAUUAAUUGGUAUUGUAGGCUUGAUAUACAUAGGAUGGGAGUUGAGCUACCCUGCGGGCGUUGGCCAUUGGUGGCUACAUGAUAGACCAAGAUCUUGCGAGCUACACAGUAUGUGUUUGUAUUUCUGUCCCAAGGGUCUUUGAGCGAGCUCGUUGUAUUCGCUGUCUCCACCAUAAAUAGGCCAGGUGAUCCGUCCGGUUUUAUGACCCUAGCUACAAUGAGAGCAUGGCGAGG